UAGCAGGUGUAUAAAAGUGGUAUGCGCAUACGCACCCGUCGUAGUUGUAGAGAUGGCUUGGCUAAUAUUCGCGGUGAUAGCCGUUCUGGCUAGCCAGGGUCUUGGAGAUGUGGUGGAAGAACAUGACCUCCCGAGGAUAGUUGCUGACAAGCCCUUCCUGCAGAAGCAGAUCGACUUGAUCCAGCUGUUCUUCCACAUCAACGAGCCUCUAGUGGACCCUGAAGUGAAGUCCCUAGCCCACACUUGGAGUCUAGAGAAAAACAUCGAAAACUUUAAAAAUGUGACCGCUUUGAAGAUGUUCCUCCAGAUUCGGGAGUUCGACAUGGAGCUGCCUCGCUCUGUGCCGUUCAACAUCUACAACUUGGCGCACCAGUACCAGGCCGUCAAUCUCUUCAACCUUCUGAUCUCGGCCAAGGAUUAUCACACGUUCUACAAGACCGCCGUGUACCUCAGAGACAGGAUCAACGAGGGCAUGUACGUGUACGUUCUCUUCGUCGCCAUCAUCCACCACCCGGAAACGCAGGGCAUCGUCAUCCCCCAGAUUUACGAGAUCUUCCCCUCCUACUUCCAUAACACUAUGGUCAUGAACAUCGCUUACAAGAUUAACGCCCAGGGAAGGAGUAUGGUCGAGCACUACCCCGAGACUUUCAUGUUGGAGAACGAAGUCGUCAUCAGGUGGAACGAGACCGUGUGGCCUUUCGCUCACAACGAGGAUGAUGCCCUUCACUACUUCAAAAAUGAUUACCACCUAAAUGCUCUCUACUACAACAAUCAUCUCAUUUACCCCUUCUGGCUGACCGACAAGCAGACUCCUUUGCUGAAGCCCCACCGUGGGGAGUACAACUGGUUCCUGCACAAGCAACUCUUGAGCCACUACUACAUGGACAGACUAUCGAAUGGACUAGGCGAGAUUCCUGACCUGAACUUGGAAGUGCUUUGGAAUGGUUACCAAAGCGGACUCGCUUACCCUAACGGUGUGCCGUUCCCUGUGAGACCAGACUACUUCAACCUCAGACAGCCUCGUCUCAUGGACCACGUCAAGCGUAUCAAGAUUUUGGAACGCCGUAUUCUUGAUGCUAUUGAAUUCGGCCACCUCGAAACUAUUGAUGGUCAAAGGAUCAACCUGAGGACUCCUGAAGCAUUAUCCGUAUUGUGGAACGUCAUUGAAGGAAACGUAGACUCACCGAACCUGCCGUACUACGGCAACCUGCUCGCUCUCUGGAAGGAGCUACUCGGAAACUCAAUCUGGAGAAACUACCAAUACGUUAAGGGAUCCAGCCACGUCUCCUUGGAAGUCCCAUCAAUCCUCGAGAAUUACCAAACAGCCAUGCGCGAUCCAGCCUUCUACAUAAUGUGGAAACGUAUAUUCAACAUCAUCAAGGUCUACCAAUCCCUCCUGCCUGCGUACUCCCACGAAGACCUGGCCCUCCCCGGAGUGAAAAUCCAGAAGGUCGAUGCCGACAAAAUGCUCACUUACUUCGAAUUGAAUUUCCUGAAUGUUACAAAUGAACUUUACAUGAAUGAGGUUGAAAGAAAGUUAGGCUACGACGAAGUGAGCGUGCUGGUGCAACGCCCGGAGCUCGUCCACAAACAUUUCAACAUCAGGAUCCACGUCAACAACGACGUGGCCAGGAAGGUUCUAGUCAAUGUGUUCCUGGCGCCGAAGUAUGACAGUGCUGGCAAGGAGAUCCCUCUGCACUUGAACACUGAAAACUUCUUCCAGCUCGAUGAGUUUGUAUAUGACUUACCAGCAGGUGAAUCAGUGAUCAGAAGGAACCCUAACGAUAACGCCUUCUCACUGGAGAGAUGGGUCUCCGGAACAGUGAUGUACGCUAAGGCGAUGAGCGCCAUGCAGGGCAAACUCGACUUUGUCUUGGACACCAAGGUCUUGACAGGAUACCCGCGUAGACUUAUACUACCUAAAGGUCACGUUGGAGGAAUGCCGUUCCUGAUGUUCGUGUCCAUUAGCGAGUACAAGCCAGCGGAGAAACUUGACCACGACACCAUCCUGGCUGUCCCUCGUCGCAUCUCCAGGAGGUCUUACGGCUACCCCCUCGACAGACCACUCUACCAGUACCAAGUGGAGGACCUCACCAACAUUCACAUCGAAGAAGUCGAGAUCUUCCACAAACAUACCCCCGAAAUCACGGUCCCUUACAACAACUAUUGAGGCGAUGUGAAAUAUCUUGAUGUAUUUGUAUAGUUUUAUGCUGGUCCUA